ACUAUGCCGAUUAAGCUUCAGACUUCCGACGAAGUUGAUUUUGAGGUGGAUAUUGAGAUUGCUCGACAGUCCGUGAUGUUAAGAUAUAUCAUAGAUGAAAAUGAUGAACCGAUCCCGUUGCCAUAUGUAAAUGCAGCUAUUCUGAAAAAGGUCCUUCAGUGGUGCAACUAUCACAAAGAUGACCCUCCACAACAAGAAGACGACGAAAACAAAGAACGUCGUACCGAUGACAUCUCCAGCUGGGAUCAGGAGUACUUGCGUGUUGAUCAAGGCACCCUUUUCGAGCUUAUUCUCGCCGCCAACUAUCUUGAUAUUAAGGGUCUUCUUGACACAUGCUGCAAAUCAGUUGCAAACAUGAUUAAGGGCAAAACACCCGAAGAGAUUCGCAAAACUUUUAACAUUAAGUCGGACUUUACUCCUCAGGAGGAAGAACAGGUAGGUUUUCCGACACUAGGUAUUUUUACCUUUGUUAAGUCUGAUUAG